UGUGAUAUGAUGCAAAGGUGCAAAACUCGUCAUCGCCUCAAAAUUCGCCAACACGGAAGCAAAGCCAAAUGGGCGAGUUCUAACCAAAUUCACAUCGAUCCAACCCGUCAAUUAGAAAAGUGUAAAAAACUCAUCCUCGAUCCAAAAUUUGUCAACAUCGGGUCAAAUUAGAUAAAAGACCCAUUGAUUCAGGUUCAAAUUGGGCAAUUGCCACAAAAAGAAUUAGUUAUAACAAUUGACAAAACGACUUAGGUUAAUGAGUAACAAUUUUGAAUAAUUAAAUAAUCAUAGUUGACGGGACACUAAGAAACAAUGCCCCAUCUUAUCAGAUCGACAUUAGGUCAAAUUCCCAACAAUUUAAGUGAAAAACUCGUUCUUGCGUCAAAAUUCACCAACAAAAGAUUCAACUCGCUUUAACCGGGUCAAAGUAGGUUGAAUACCCAUUGAUUUGGAUUCAAUUGUCAUAAGUUAACUAAUUAGAACCUCUAUGGCACUAGAAAUCUUCCAAUAUUCAAUGAUUUAAGAGUGCAAAACUCAAUUACAAAAGCGGAUAAAACUCGUUGCCGAUACUAAAUUCAUCAACACUGGAUUGAUCUCGCUUUGACUGGCUUGAUAUAGCGGGAAGAGUUUUUAACAAAAAAUUUACACCCGACCCAACCCGUCAUUUACAAAAGCAAGUAAAUCUUUGCCCCGCCUAAAAUUUGUCAACAUUGGAUUCAACUUGCUUUGGCCGGCUUGAUAAAGCGGUGUGAGUUUUUAACGAAAUCACAUCCGAUCGAACAAAAGCGUGUAAAAUUCGUUCUCGACCCAAAAUUCGCCAACACCGGGACCGGGCCUAAAUUCGUUGAAUAUAAUUGGUAACAAAAGCCACACCCGACCCAAAAUUUGGUACAAUUUGUUGCGGACCAAAAAUCCGGCAACACCGAUGCCGGGUCGAAUUAUUAGUUUGAACAUACAUGAAUUUGGUUUCAUUUGUCACAAAGAGAAAACAUUUAAAACAUGUAGUUUGUUCUUUUAAAGAGAUAAUAAUAAUGUUCUUUGAUAUGAUUAAUUUGCAAGAUUGACGCAACGAACAAAAUGGUUAAAUGACGCUAAAAACAUCCAAUCCAUAAAGUCUCCAAAACCAUUUGCAAGCCCGACAUAAUGAAAAUUUUCGGCAAAAUGACUCUUGACCUAAGUGUAAAACCCAUUUGCAAGGUGGAGACAAAAUAAAAAAAUAGUAAACGACCAUAACUGUGAUCGAUAAGCGAACGAAAGCCAAAAAAAACUUGCUCGACCUAAAAUUCGUGAAUAUUGAGUUAAACUUACUCUAUUGAUUUAAGCGUGUAAAACUCGCUUACCCGGGUUCAACCCAUUGUAAAGACAAUCGAACAAAAAUUUAUGAUGGGACACUAUUGAUUUGGGUGCAAUUAGGAUUCAAUUGUCAUAAGUUAAUUAAUUGGACCCAUUGAUUUGGGUGCAAUUAGGAUUCAAUUAUCAUAAGUUAAUUAAUUAGAAUCUUAAUAACCUAAAAUUAAUUAAUUGGAACCUUAAUGGCAUUAAAUCCCUUCAAACCUUUGGUUAAUUACAAAGUGAUCAUGUUUGUGAUGGGACACUAUGCAAUAGUGUUUUUGUUACUUGUUCUUUUAUAGAUAGAAUAAGUUAAUUAAUUAGAAUCUUAAUAACCUAAAAUUAAUUAAUUGGAACCUUAAUGGCAUUAAAUCCCUUCAAACCUUUGGUUAAGCUCGCUUACCAAAACUGUGAUCGAUAAGCGAACGAAAGCCAAAAAAAACUUGCUCGACCUAAAAUUCGUGAAUAUUGAGUUAAACUUACUCUAUUGAUUUAAGCGUGUAAAACUCGCUUACCCGGGUUCAACCCAUUGUAAAGACAAUCGAACAAAAAUUUAUGAUGGGACACUAUUGAUUUGGGUGCAAUUAGGAUUCAAUUGUCAUAAGUUAAUUAAUUGGACCCAUUGAUUUGGGUGCAAUUAGGAUUCAAUUAUCAUAAGUUAAUUAAUUAGAAUCUUAAUAACCUAAAAUUAAUUAAUUGGAACCUUAAUGGCAUUAAAUCCCUUCAAACCUUUGGUUAAUUACAAAGUGAUCAUGUUUGUGAUGGGACACUAUGCAAUAGUGUUUUUGUUACUUGUUCUUUUAUAGAUAGAAUAAGUUAAUUAAUUAGAAUCUUAAUAACCUAAAAUUAAUUAAUUGAAACCUUAAUGGCAUUAAAUCCCUUCAAACCUUUGGUUAAUUACAAAGUGAUCAUGUUUGUGAUGGGACACUAUGCAAUAGUGUUUUUGUUACUUGUUCUUUUGUAGAUAGAAUUUGAGCGGGAGCUGGAUGAGCGGGAAAGGAUGGAAAAUUUUGAAAAUUGAGACCAUGAAAAGACUAGAAAGAGCGAUUUCUCAUCUCCUGUUUCCUUAUCCUUUCCCUUCCUACUUGCUUCCCAAACUUCUUCUUCUUCUUCUAGUGGUUUUCUUCAAUCAAUCAGAGCAUUUCCAUCCCGCCAUGCCUCCCCGCAAGAGCUCUGCCAAGCAGCCACGCCGCAAGAUCCCCGUCAAGCGGGGGCCACGCAGCAAGAGAUCCGUCAAGCAGGUAACCCAUUACGAGAUCCUCUCCGUGGAACCAGACGCGACCUACGAAGAAAUCUGCGCCGCCUACCUAUCUGUCACAAUCACGGAUUCCGCCACCGAUGACGACGACAACAAAUCCCUAGCAGUCCAAAAGGCAUUUCAAGUACUGAGCGACACCCAGUGGCGGGCUGAGUACGACGAGGAGCUCCGCGUGGCGAGGCGGAGGCGAAAUGCCAGAGUCACGGAAGAGGUCGAUCUGAUAGAUGUGGGGAUCUUGAUGGGCGUGAUCAACAGGGGAAGACACGUCGUUGAGCUUGUUCAUUCGUGUCGGUGCGGGGGUUGUUUCUCGAUUGAUUCCAUAGAUUUGGCGAAGAUGGGAUACACAAUGGGGGAGGGAUGCGGCGAAGUGUGGUUCGAGUCGCCGGAGGAGGAGGAAGACGCUGACGCCGACGCCGACGCCGAUAGUUCUAGGACGCUGGGUUCGGUGGUUAUACCUUGCGACCGCGAGUCGUGUUCUCUGGGAGUCCGGUUCACGAUUGACACAGGAAUGAAACUUCCAUGGAUGUGUUCUAUUGAUUAUUAGAUGAUUUGAGUAGUAUUGUAAGGUGGUUCCCUAGAGCAACAUGUCAUAUGGAGAAGGAUUUAUAUCCUCCUCAAUAUGUUGUUUGAUAUGGUAGGAUCAUGAGUCUAUUAGAUCGAACUUUGUUGUAAAAUUGUACAGGACGUUGUAUUGUAAGAGUCGGUGGUUGGGUAUUUUAUGAUGAAAUCGUAGUUUAAUUGUGGUUCAAUUGCUUCAUAUCGCUAAAUAUCGCCUAUCGAUUUCAAUAAGAAAUUUUUCUGCUACGGUUUUUCAAUCCUAACCUCGUCAAUGUGAAAGUAAGAAAUUUUCGCCCUAACAAGAAUUUCCUCACUACUUUUGGAUUGCCGUAACACUAUUUAAAUUUCUUCUCUAAAAGUCUAGAACACCUCAUCGUUUAGUAGGGAUUACAAUCAAACUCAUGAAUAUGGAUAACUGACUGCCCCAACCCUAUCAACGAGGAAUUCUUCCGGAUAUGAAGCAAGUUUACAUUUUUUUUUUUUUGACAAAAAAUAAUUAUAUAUUGAUCAA